GUGACAGCAGCCAGGCACCCAUGGCCUGGCACUGAGCCCCCUGCCUGCUCCCUGCCCCAGGGCUGGCCUCGCUGCUGCUCGACCAGGACACAACAGCCCAGGAGCUACAGGAAGAUGAUGUGCCUGCCUGCCUCCCCACCAGCGCUGGCGUCGAGGCUGGGGCUCGGGCUCUUGGUGCUGCUCUGCCUUGGGAUAGGCCAAGCACUGGAGAAGAAAGUAGUCAGAGGCAAAGUGGGGGAGAAGGUCAGCCUGCCUUGUUGCCAUGAAAUCCCCAGCUCAGAAAGCCUGCAGAACUACCGGGUGUACUGGCAGAAGAACAUUACAGACGUGGUGCUGGCCUACUCAAAGGGGAGCAUGAUGUCCCAGCCCGAGCGGUACCAGAACCGGACGGAGAUGGACCUCUGGAACCUCACCCUGUGGAUCUCCCCCGUGGAAAUCCUGGACAAUGGCUCCUACCAGUGCGUAGUUCAGCGCAACUCCAUCGUGGUGUGCGACGAGCCUGUCAUCCUCUUUGUCACAGCUGACUUCAGCAAGCCCAACAUAACAGCAGAAGUGUCUGCCGAGUCCUGCGAGUCGACUGAGAUGGUGGUAACAUGCUCUUCUCACGGAGGGUUCCCCAAGCCCACAAUCUCUGGAACCCUCAACAACAUGUCUGUGGAGUGGAAUGCCAGAUGGGUGUCUGAGUCCAGCCUCAGCCCAUACAAUGUCACUGGAAAGCUGGUGCUCAAUGUCACCAAAGACGUCAACAUCACUUGCUCCGUUGAAUACAAUGGCAUUUCCAAGUCUGCCAGUUUGCUUCUUGAAAAAACAAACAACUGCAUUGUUCCUCCUGUGACUCCACCUUAUAAUGUCAUUUUUGCUUCAAUUAUCAUCGUUACCACCUUCAUUUUGGCUACCAUCCUGGCAGCAAGAUACCUCCCGAGGCGUGUUUGUUCUCACUGCUGUAAGCGCCAGGAUUCAGUGGAAGAGUGUAUGAAAGAACAUACAAAGGCAUCCAUGAGCCCUAAAGUGACAUCUGAAACAUCAUCUGUAUGACCAGAUCACACUUGCAGGUUCUCCACGCUGUGCAUCCCGCACCGCCGACUCCGCUGUCGGGUGUACAGCGAUGCUUGCUGCACGGACACUUGGGCUCUCUGCAAGGGGGGCCAGCAGGAGAAAAAAAACUCUGCUCACCACCACGGCUGCCAACACAACCUGCUGUGAAGGAAUGCACCCCCCCACCACGCCACAGAGGCUGUGUGAUGGCCUCUUACAAAUGGUCGCUGGGAUUCCAACCGAGAGGACCCUCUGGCAGAAGGAUGUCACCAGCAGCACACCAGGACAAGGCUUCAGGAACCUCUGGCUUGAUGCUGCCUCUGUGGGAAUCAGGGGUGCAGAGCCCUAGCAGGGAGCCCAUGCCCACCUACCCCUUCACUGACAGAGCUGCCCUUUGGGAGACCCCAAAUCCUGACUGCAGUCCCGUCAGAUUGUGCCUCCACGUCGGUAGUGUGUGCAGCUAAAACUU